GGCCUCGUUGCCCUAGCAACCGGAGGAAAAGGAAAACAAACCGGAAGUGGGGGACCGGAAGUGCGCGGAGAGACGACCGGAAGCCCAAGAGAUUCCAGAAUGGCUUCCACAACAGAUAUUCUUCAGAGUUACGAAGAGAUGUUUAGUCAUCGAUAUACUUCAGAAGAUGAGGAAUACCAGAAAUAUGUUAAGCGAUCUUCAGAUCCACCUCCUAUAGUAGAAGAUUGGCUGAACAGAGAACCCAGCAUGCCCAAUAUAUCUGAGAUCCUCCAGAAUUAUGAAAAGAUGUUUGCACAUCGAUACACACCGAAAGAUGAAGAAUAUCAGAAAUAUGUCCAACGUCCUGCAGACCCACCUCCUUUAGUAGAAGACUGGAGAAACAGAUCCGGUGGUAAUCAGCGAUACCGAGAUCGAUUCAGAGACAACAGACAGUUUAAAGGCAGAGGAGACAGAUAUGGCCAUCAAGGAGGCUAUAGAUCCAACCAGUGGCAAGAAAGAGGCUGGGGGAACAACUAUUCACAACACAGACAAGGACAAACUUCCUACCCCCAACGAGGCCGGAUGUCCCAGUAUGGUUAUGGUUCAUAUUCACAGGGAUCCCAGUAUGGCUAUUACUAGUAUUGCCAUUUCCAUUGACUGCCCAGUAUAACAAAUAGUUUCUUUGGUUCUCUCAGUUUUAUUAUAUUUUAGAUUUUUGUAUGUAAUGUCGGGGGAGGGAUUUUCUUUUUUAAAAAUCUUGCUGUAUUUCUGCAGUCUAAGAAAGACAGCAGAUGUGAAAACUAAAAUACAAAAACUAAAUGUGAACUUGCUAUCUUGCCUUCGCUUGUCACUCUAACGUAUUACAUCCAUAUAUAUACUUAAUGGCUGGGAGAUUUGCUUUGUGUCAAACCUGUUUGGCAGUAACUCUCAGCAGAAAGGGGCUGUCCUUCCUGAAAGUCUGACAUAAACCUUUUAUGGGAAGAAUGAUUGACCUUAGUAAUAUAUCAUGUACAGGUUGCAUUCUUGUUGCCCCCCCCCUUUUUUUUUUUGGCUGUUGCUGAUAAAUAGGCUUGCAGUUUUUCAGUUUGAUUAUUCCAAAGUCUUAUUAAUUCCCAUGGCAGAGCUGGUUUAAGUUUCAAUUUAAUUUGCAAACAGCUAAUGAGCUAAAGUGUCAAAUUAAGGGGAAAUCAUAGUAUCCUAAAAUCAUAGAAUCAAAUCAUUGUGAAAGCUAAAAUAUUCAGUUUUGUUUUUAGAUUCAUCAUUGUUUACUCAGUGUCCUUUUAAGUUUGUAUUCUCUUUGUUUCUCUGGGUGCAUGCUGCUUGUACAGUGUGAAAUAAAAUCCAGAGGCUGAAUGAAA